AAUAAACAGUUAAAAUUAAAAAAGAAACAAAAUAAAUUCUCUCUCACGCUCUCUCCCUCUCUCUUGUUCCCUGACUCGCGUGGCAGCCCUCUGCCCAGACCACACCGCCGUCCCCGGCCAUCCUCGGCCCAAGCCAAGCCCAAAAUCGAGACCCCCACACUCCAAAACCCGAAACUCUGAAGUUAGUAAUUGUCAUUUUGGGCAUCUAUGAAUAUUUGAGCCUUUUAGAUGAUUUUGUGAUUGUAAUUCUAAUAUUCAUUCAGGAGCGAGAGAGAUACCAUUUUUCUCAGUUUAUAAUAGACACGCUUUACAUCCUAUUGCAAGAGGAAAAGAAGAGAUAAGUGACUUAUCUCAUGUGCAGGACAGGAGCGUUGUGGUGAUAUUAUUCUGUGUAGUUGAUCAUGCGUAACAGUACGGUUAGAGCUGGAGUAUCACUUGCACCACCACUCACUCAUUAUUAGCCUCCUAUUUCAUUCUUGGUAACCUCCACCUUGCUGCUUUUAAACUUCCACUAUCCGACCAUCCAUACCGAUCCACCACGCAUCUUAUCAGACAAAUUUUAUCUUACUAAUGACUGAUUGAUUGAGCCAUUGAGUUUCGGGGUACUCACCUCAUCAAAAUCACGGUUGGGAGUCUGCUUUGAAACUAGAAUUAGAAUCUGGAUUUGUUGCAUGCCAAGUAUUCCAUGAUAUUGGUAGAUGACAAAUAAGUUGAAAACUCAGCUUGCUUGGUAACCUAAUUCAUAAACCCUAGUUCUUAAUUCUUGGGAAUGGAUUGUAGGUUAUUGACUGCUGGCUUGUAUUCAAUUCCAUAUGGGAAUUUUGCAAGGCAUAGCAGAGUGAUUGUGAUGGGAUAUCCCAAAACAAGGAGAAAACUAACAAAGAACCUUCGAUAUCCAAUGCGUUCUAGGCUUCCUCCCAACCUUGGGACGAAUUUGUUUUUGAAGAAUAAGAAAACUGUAAAGGAAACAUGUCCCCCAGAUAUGACUGAUGAAGAGGGUGAAGAAAAAAAUGGAAGUGAAGAUGGUAAUGAGAUUGUUUGGGGUCCAGAUGAAAUUGAGGCUAUUACAUCGCUUUUCCAAGGGAGAAUACCUCAAAAGCCUGGGAAGUUGGGUAGAGAGAGAUCCCUUCCACUCCCAAUUCCUCACAUGCUUCGACCUUUGGGGCUUCCUACACCGAAGAAACAUGUAAAAAGGGCAGGUACCCCUGAAACAAUGUUUUCUCGUGCUCCUCUAUCCAAGCAAGUUUACAAGAGCCCUGGUGUUCUAAUUGGCCUAGCUCGAGAGAUAAAGAAUCUUCCGGCCGAAAAAGAUGUGUCCUUAGUUCUCAACAAGUGUUCAAAGUUUCUGCAAAAGGGGUCCUUGUCAAUGACAGUUCGAGAACUGGGUCAUCUAAAUCUUCCUGAAAGAGCUUUGCAGACGUUCUGUUGGGUUCAGAAACAACCUCAUCUGUACCCAGAUGACCGGAUUUUAGCUUCUACCGUUGAGGUGCUGGCUAGGAACCAUGCAUUGAAAGUUCCAUUUGAUUUGAGGAGGUUUGUUGGAUCGGCUUCGGCUAGUGGAAGUGUGAUUGAGGCAAUGGUAAGAGGAUUCACCAAAGGAGGUAGCUUGCAUCUUGCUUGGAAGAUAUUAUCAUUGGCAAAAGAUAAUGAUAUGAUGUUAGAUUCCAGCGCAUAUGCUAAAGUAAUUAUAGAGCUUGGAAAGAAUCCUGAAAGAUAUGCUCUUGUGGAGAGCUUAUUAAAUGAGCUCGGAGAUAGACAGGACUUAACUUUGAGCCAGCAGGACUGUACAUCUAUAAUGAAAGUAUGCAUUAGACUUGGGAAAUUUGAAAUUGCUGAGAGCCUAUAUGAAUGGUAUAAACAAUCAGGGAAUGACCUAAGUAUAGUUAUGUAUACAACGCUGAUUCAUAGCCGCUGUUUAGAGAAAAAGUAUAGGGAGGCAUUAGCUGUGGUUUGGGAAAUGGAGGAAUCAAAUUCUCUCUUUGAUCUUCCAGCUUAUCGUGUUGUGAUCAGACUUUUUGUUGCUCUGAAUGAUGUCUCAAGGGCUUCAAGAUACUUUGCAAGGUUAAAAGAAUCAGGUUUCUCACCCACAUAUGAUGUUUACAAGGACUUGAUUAAACUUUACAUGGCUUCUGGGAGGUUGGCUAAGUGUAAGGAUAUCUGCAAGGAAGCAGAGCUGGCAGGAUUCAAAUUGGAUAAACAACUAAUUUCUCGACUGUUACAAUUGGAAAGGGAGAAAUUGGUUAUGAGAUUUUGAAGUUCUGAUCUGAUGAACGGAUAGGGUGUAAACUGUUUCAUUGAGAACCCUGUAAAUUAUGUUGUAAUUUGAGAACUGAAGUGUCUAUAAAUCCUGUAAUUGUCUUUCCAAUUGAAUUGUCGAGAAGCUUUAUUUAAAUUUAAAGAAGUUUUAAACAA